AUGGCUGUGUCAUUGCCCUUCGAUACCCUGCUACAGAUAUUCUCUUACCUGCCAAAUGACGUGAUAUCGUGCGCGUGUGUCUGCCGAGACUGGCAAAUCGCCGCCGAGACAUUCACUUUCUCCAACAUCCACGUCAACUCGGCCAACGUCCACGACUUGCGUCGGAUAGUCUCGGCCUCUCCUUGCAACUGGCGGGCUCGAUAUGUCCGACACAUCUAUUUCAAGAUUAUUCUUCUGGAUUAUGAUGUCGCCGCCCGUGCCCAUUUGGAGAAUCAAGAGGAUCGUGAUGGCAAUAACAACGCCUUCACGCAAUCGAUAAGCUCUCUAUUCGAGAUCUUGAGCUCAUGGCCCUAUGACGAACGGUCCCAGGUCUCGCUGGAAAUCUAUGCUCGUUCCCCAAGUGAUUGGAGAGCAGAGCCAAACUGGAAAGAACGUCACACGCGGCACAGAACGGGCUGUCUAUUCCCAGAAAAGGACCUUCUAGACCUCCGGUAUCAAAGUUCCUAUCUGCAGCUAACGGAGGCGAAACACCUAUCUAAGCCCAAGUGUAUCACUGCAAUCGAUAUAAGUGGAUAUUAUCCCUAUCGCAAUAUCGCACCGGGGGCUGUAUCUGAGAUGAUCGCUCAUCUCCCCAGACUACAAUAUACCGAUGUCAAGCUUUCCGACAGUGAGGCAAUGGACACUCUGCUACGAGAUAGUCUUCGCGAUGAUUUUACUACAUCCAAUUGGUCAGCCACCCUGCGGCAUCUGGGCCUCGUAUAUGAGGCAAAGCCAAAUUUUACCGAUACUCCCCCGUCACCGCAGAGAUCAAAACCAGGCAAUGAUUGUCUUUGCCUUGCUUUGCAUCAGCUAUCACAGCAAUUGGAAACGCUCAGCUUAGACAAACUCAUGAUUGGGCCCGAAUUGUUCUGGCCAGAGGACGCGAAUAAAUCCGCACCUUAUUGGCCGAAUCUGACGAACUUGUUCAUGAGCUAUACAUUUGUUUCCACGUCCGGAGCCUGGUUCUUUGAACAGCGUCCCGAGUCGGAAGAUAGCCCUUCCCUUGGCUCUGGCUCGUCGGAUAUCUCAAACGGACUUCCCCGUUGGAGCUGGCUUCCAACUAAAUACCUGGAUAAAUUAUAUCUAGCUGCUGGACGCGCUGCUCAACAUAUGCCGCGACUUAAUGGAAUGGGGCUCGAGGCCAAAUUGCCUCAUGGGCUUCUCCAUGAUUUCGUCUACGUUGCAAACGUGGGCAGUGCACGGUGGUCAAUCGAUUCGAAGUUUGAUAUUUCGACAGAAGUUGAAGACACCUGGAACGCUGCAGCCCGGUCUCAUGGAAAUGAUCAGAUAUCCAUUGAGGUUACAAAUAGCGGUACUGUGGAUAGUGAUGAUGGUGAUAUUUAA